CAAAAGUUCAAGAUUUGUUUUAAUACGUCACCAGACUGACUUUUUGUCUAGACGUCUGCAAGUAGCAACGCAGGGCUACCGUAGAACACAGCACGACUGAACUAGAAGACACGCUGACAAUGGCGGGAGUCGUCAGAAAGAUCAUCAAUGUCGAGGGAAAGAACCCUGCCAUCCCGCUCAGCAAAGCUGUUGUAGUCGGCGGCACCAUGUACAUUUCCGGGCAGCUUGGACUCGAUCCAAAGACACCGGGCAAGCUGGUACCAGGCGGUGUCGUGCCUGAAGCGGAGCAAGCACUCAAGAACAUGGGCACGAUUCUCCAAGCCGCCAACAUCGACCACAGCCACGUCGUCAAGGCGACCGUCCUCCUGGCGGACAUCAAUGACUUCGCCGCCGUCAACGAGGUGUACAAGAAGUACUUCCCGGCCAACCCGCCCGCGAGAGCCGCCUUCCAGGUCGCCGCCCUGCCCAAGAACGGCCGUGUGGAGAUAGAGGCCAUCGCCAUCGCGAGCGCCAUCGUGGAGCGCGCUUGAGUCUGAAUCCCGGUCUUCGUUCUAGUGUGCCCGUGGACCAAAAACUACAUCAAGACUACAACGUCAAUGUCAAAGACUCUCCCAUGUUGUGGACUGAUCAAUACAGGCUAGUGUUACAGUUGUGACCACGCCCCCCACCCCCACCCUUGACCGCUAACGCCAUAUCGCUGUAGUGUCCCGUGGGACCAAAAACCACCAAUGUCAAAGACUCUUUCAUGUUGUAGACUGAUGCAGAAACAUACAUACUUGUCUGUAGUUACUGCUACACCAUUUCAAGUUGCGCCCUCCCCCUCUUGAGUACUCACCCAUGAAAAGACCCUAAAAUUUCCAUAAUUAUUGUCUCCGCGCUGAAUUAAGCUGGACUGUUUCCAGAGCCUACACAGCCUCGCAGGCCAGUUCCUCCACUCCAGGGCCAGGGCCAACAUGCCUCCAAGGGUAUUAUACCACAGCCCCCCCUCAGUUAGGCCCUGAUUCCAGGCACUCUGGCUAAGUCUGCAUCUGGGCCUAGCGUAUUCUGUGUUUGGCAUCCAGGCUACACUGAAUUUCGCCGUGUCACAGUUUUUGUUUGGGCCGUAAAUUAGGUAAUUUGGCCCCACAGGCUGAAGAACAGUCUAUUGGAAUAGCUAGACACCCUCCCUCUAGAUCUAUAUUUUCCUUGUAUUUUUGUGCAAUGUCAGAGGGACAACAUGGUGUGUUACAUUGACUCUAUUAUAAUUGUUGGUAGAUACUAGAUAGUCAGACAAUGCUUUAUUACUAAGUCAUGCAAAAGCAAGAAUCUAAUGUUAGUAUGGAACUGUAACAGUUGGGAGUUGAUCCAAAAUAGCAGACAUUGACAAACAUUUGUUGUAUAUAGAUUUAAGGUAGAUAUCAUCUGGUGCAUUAUAUGGCAUGGUGGAUAUUUUCUGGUCAACCAUAAUCCAGUUGCAUUGCAUUGAAAUGUGUCCGAAAUAAACAAGGUGCAACACAAUCUUUAUAUGCAUUGUGUACUAGAUCUUAAACCUGAAAUUGCAUUGUAUGCAUUUAGGAAUGAUGCAUCCUUAAUUCCGUGGCGGGGCAGCACUGCUAGGUUUCUAACAUUGGCCUCCAUUUUGUUUCACAUGUGGGAAUAUGUCAUCUCCAAUCUUAUCAUAAAAAGAAUUUUCAUAAGCUUAAGCUUGGUGACACUGGAUGCUUCUUCUGAUUGAAUAUG